GCUAAACUUCUUUUUUGGUCACAUGGAAAAGAAAUAUAUUAAAGGAUUUUCAUAAUCUAGUGCUACAUACGUGUGUUUCUGUUUUGUUUUCUUAAAAGAAUGCAAAAUGUUUUACAUUUUGUUAACAGACACAUUGCAUAAAUCAGUGUUGUAGCAGUGUUUUACUGUUUUUGAGGAUUAAUGCUGGUUUUUGGUGUUGAUACUUUCAAAGGAAGAUACAACAGGAUUUUAGAUGCCUAUUUGAAUGUAGGCCUUGGCUUUUUUUGUGGUUCUUUUGGUUUUUUAACUUUCAGGGAAAAGAAAUUAUGUGCUCAAGAGGGAGAUAGGCCAUUUUUAUAAAAAGGUUAUUAAUCUCUAUAAAAAUAAUCCUGUGAGAGGUAGAUAAACCUCCAGAGGAAGGACACAUAAUUGAUAUGGUUUACCUGUAUUUAUAAUAACCUGAACUGCACAGGGAUAAAAGGAUUAAAUAGCUGUAUAGUCAGUUCUCAUUACAGAGGGAUGGCAUCAGGACUUCAUAUCUUGGUAAAUGUUAUGGAAAGGAAUGGGAAUAAUUGGGUGCCAAAGGUACCAGAUGAUGCUUGGCUGCUCACAGGAGUGUCAAGAAAAGCUAACUGAGGAAUUUGAAGGACCUUUGCUCUUCUCUUUGAGAAAUAUGAGAGGAGAUAAAACUAAUUGCUGAUAAGAGCAAGUAAUACAUACUAGGAGAAAAGUACUUGGUUGAUCAGGAUUUACACUGCCAGACUGGCUCAAGAUGAGUAGUGCUGUGGUAAUAGUUGUGAGUGCUGCUUUUAAUCAGAGGAAUUAUGCUAAUAAGUUAUCUAUUGAGAACUUCUGUGAGGAUGGAGAAAGGUGAAAUAAAUACCAAAAAGUUAUAGUUCAAAUAUGAUUUUCUACAUUGUAGUACAUCUAACUACAGUAGAUGAAAGGUUAACUGCAAAAACCAGGUAAGUUUUCAUGUUGACUAGGUUAUUAAAAUUGUCUUUUAGAAAGGAAGAAAAGAAAGUAAAUGUACAACAUUAAUUCCUCUAAUUUUCUGAGCAAGGACAGCAGAUAAAGGCUCUUCUACUAUGAUUAGAAGAGUUAAAGAAAUUAUCCCUGAGACACCUAAUUUAAUGAACUCAUUAAAGGUGUAGAUAUUCUAAUAGAAAAGUUUUUUGUGUUAAUUUGUUUGAAGUUUUAGUUCUCUCAAGCCACGAGAUGAGCUGCAGAAAGCACAGCUGAGUGUGGCUCAGCUGACCUGGUUAUUGUGUCUGUAGGGUAUUUCUCCCUCUAUGGCUUUACAGGUCACGUUGAAUCACACUCAGAUUGUUUAAAAAUCCUGUUUAGUUGGAUGUGCUUCAUAAGGGAUCUCUGGUCAGGUUUCUCAUGGUUUCAUGAAUUAAUUUGAUGCACAUUACCUCUGCAUCUGUGGGGCCUGCAUGGAAAUUGGGCCUUGUGGCCAAGGUAUAAAUAUUUUUUGCAACAGAGCUAUUAAAUUGUAUUUAAAUUAUAAUUUAGCAUAGACUAAUACAUUGAGUAUUGUUGCUUGUUAGCUAAAGGCCCACAGCAAACAUCUGCAUUGCACUUGGGACUGUAAGGAAAUGUUACUGGUGCUGGUGAUACAGUUUAUUUAUUUAUUAAGGGACUGUUUAUUUUGUCAGGACUGAAAUAUUUGCUUUGCUUCAGAAAAUAUUAAUCCUCUCAAUUUCUUACUUUGUGUCUUUAUCACUGUAGUUAUGUUCAUAGGAAAUCCCUUUAAAAGUGAGAAUAUUAUGUAAUACAUGGAUAUGUUUUCUGGAGUAUCAUGUUUGCACUAUAAAGGAGCUUAUGAGUUUGCCUCAGGUUUUUUCCAGAGACAAAUAAUAAGCAGUGAAGUAGUUGGUCUAUCCAAAAUGAGCUUCUACUUAAAUUAGCAGAUCUAAGUGUGGAUUGCUGGUUUGUUACAGAACUACAGACAGUUUGAAAUGGAGUUUUUAAAUAAAACUAUUCAAUUGUGAAAUAAUUGCAUUUCCAAUCUGUUGCUCAGAUGUCUCCAUGUUAGGUCACGGAGUGGCUCUUUCCAAUAGUUUGUGGUCUUCUGAAGUGCAAAUCUCUGUUUCUGUAGGAUUGUAGGGUUUUUCUUUCCAGCUCCUGCAGAACAAUAAUUCUUCGGAAGAAGAGUGCAGGAAUACAGACUGGAAGGUUUGCAUUUAUGUUGAAAUUUAAUGAUAGAGUUGCUCCCUAUCCUCACCUCUGUUAAAUUGAUAUGGUUUUGAGAUUGUACUAGCCAGCAAAGCUUGAAAUAAAAGCCUGUAAUCCAUUAAUGAAAUAAACCACAUGCCUAAUAUUUCAAUUCCAUUUGCAUGACUUAAGGGAAGUUAUUUCUGUGCUUGAAGAACCUUUGUUCUUAUACUGAUGUGGUGCUGUCUGUGAGACAGAAUUUGCACAGUCUCCAGCAUCUGCAUUUGUAUUGUCUCUGUAUUCCUUUGCUCCUGAAUUUCUGUGCUUGUUGUUGGAGGCAGCCCCAGCUCCCAGUGUAAGUGCACAGCUGUGGUUCCAAGCAGCCCCUGUCCCUGAGCUGGCUGUGCUGGCAGUGCUGCUGUGAGGUGACAGCGUUGCUGAAGCAUCUCCCAUCCCUUCCCAGACACUGAAUGUGACCCCUCCCGGGCGUUCCCAGCAUCUGCUGGACUGGAGCCUUGGGUGCUCCAUCAGUGUUUCCUGAUAAAGAUGGCAGACUUUUAGACCAGUCUUGCAUUUCACUUUUACUUUUUCAGUAGAUGAGCAGUUCUUUCAGAAUGGAAUAAACAAGGUUGUUUCAGAGGCAUUUGGUGUGUUCUCUCCUGUGCCUCGAGGUGCCAGCGCUCCUGACAGCGUGUGUGGAUCCCAGCAGCUGAUUGGCAGCUUUAUAACUUAGUUAUUGGAGUCUGAGCUUAUUUACCCUGACAGAUCUUGAUCUGAUUUAUCACUCUUGGUGCUGCAGUGCAUUGUGUAACACAGCACGUCCAGCUGAACAAUUCCCAUCGAUUUGUAGGACUUCCCUAACGGAAUUGCUGGCUUUAUCAGAGAAAUACUUGUUUUGGUGACAUCAGCUCCUUGACAUCCAUGCCAUGUUUUAGUUGUGCCUCAGCUGCUAGCUACAGCCUCUCAAGGGAGCCAGUACCACCCGUGCCUGGAUACAUGAGGCAGAGAUGUGAAAGGGAGAGACGGGGGUAACCAGUCUUCCAUUAAAUAUUUGCUCUUAAUGUUCGAGCUGAUCCUGCCUAUUGUCCUUGGUGUCUAAUGGUAUUCACACAGCGGCAUCCGUGGAAUAAAGGGAAAAUGUUUCAUUUCAUACCUACUACAUUGUAAAGAAUUCCAUGCUGAAGAGGCUAAAGAAUAAAACCCAAAUCCAUCUACCGCCGGGGAGCCCGAAGAUGGAGGAAGCUGUACCGAGUGAAUGGGCAUUUGUUUCAAGCCAAACGUUUUAACAGAAGAGCGUACUGUGGCCAGUGCAGUGAAAGGAUAUGGGGGCUCGCAAGGCAAGGCUACAAGUGUAUCAACUGCAAGCUGUUGGUCCAUAAACGUUGUCACAUCCUUGUCCCACUGACCUGCAAAAGGCAUAUGGAUUCGGUCAUGCCUUCCCAGGAACCUCGCUUGGAUGACAAAAACGAUGAGGCUGAUCUCCCUUCAGAAGACACUGAUGGAAUUCCCUACAUUCCUUCAAACCGGAAACAUGACACCAUUAAAGAUGACUCUGAGGAUCUCAAACCAGUCAUUGAUGGAAUGGAUGGAAUUAAGAUUUCUCAGGGGCUUGGACUCCAGGACUUUGAUUUAAUCCGAGUCAUUGGCCGUGGAAGUUAUGCCAAAGUUCUUCUGGUUCGGUUAAAAAAGAAUGAUCAGAUCUAUGCUAUGAAAGUAGUGAAAAAAGAACUGGUCCAUGAUGAUGAGGAUAUUGAUUGGGUACAGACAGAGAAACAUGUCUUUGAACAGGCAUCCAGUAACCCAUUCCUAGUUGGUUUACAUUCAUGCUUUCAAACAACAAGUCGGUUGUUCCUUGUCAUAGAGUAUGUGAAUGGGGGAGACCUCAUGUUCCACAUGCAGCGGCAGAGGAAACUUCCUGAGGAGCACGCAAGGUUUUAUGCUGCUGAAAUUUGUAUUGCUCUAAACUUCCUGCAUGAAAGAGGCAUCAUCUACAGAGAUUUAAAACUGGACAAUGUUCUCUUAGAUGCAGAGGGUCAUAUCAAAUUAACAGAUUAUGGCAUGUGCAAGGAAGGUUUGGGCCCAGGUGACACUACAAGCACUUUCUGUGGGACACCAAAUUACAUUGCACCAGAGAUCCUCAGAGGAGAAGAAUAUGGGUUCAGUGUGGACUGGUGGGCACUGGGGGUGCUGAUGUUCGAGAUGAUGGCCGGGCGCUCCCCGUUCGACAUCAUCACUGACAAUCCAGACAUGAACACUGAAGAUUACCUCUUCCAAGUUAUUCUGGAGAAGCCAAUCCGGAUUCCAAGGUUUCUUUCUGUCAAGGCUUCCCAUGUGUUAAAAGGAUUUUUAAACAAGGAUCCCAAAGAAAGGCUUGGCUGUCAGCCCCAGACAGGAUUUGCUGAUAUCAAGUCUCACACGUUUUUCCGCAGCAUAGACUGGGAUCUGCUGGAGAAGAAGCAGACGACGCCGCCGUUCCAGCCGCAGAUCACGGACGAUUACGGCUUGGACAACUUCGACACGCAGUUCACCAGCGAGCCCGUGCAGCUCACCCCAGAUGAUGAAGAUAUAAUAAAGCGAAUAGAUCAGUCAGAAUUUGAAGGAUUUGAAUAUAUUAAUCCAUUGUUGCUGUCAACAGAAGAAACAGUAUGAAGGAAUGACCUCGUUGGGGACAGUGUGAAUGACAUUAAUUUAUCCUUAAUACAGUAUAUGCAUGCGAGGCUGGGGACUGGUCACUCUGGAUGGAGACCAAUGAUCUAAAAACAAAUUUGCUGCUGAAAAUCAAAGAAGAGAAUUAUGAUUUUGGUGGGUGUCCUCUGCCACUUAGUGAUUCUUAAGUUCUGGGCACUGACACAACUGGCUUCAUUAAUGAAGGAAUUUGCAUUUUGUGCCUGUUUCAUGAAGGAUUGAAACGUUCAUUGCAUCCCUGCAAAAGGAGAUCAUGAGAAACUUUGAGAUCCACACACUUUCUACAAACAUUUGAUGCAGUGAGCUCCCAGUUGAAGAGUAUUACAGUGUAACAUCCUGAAGAAUAAAAUAUAUUACAGUGGUGUUGAAGCUUAUUUUUGAUGCCUUUUUUCACAAGUGGUACCUGUCUAAACAUCUCAGAUAUAUUUAAAAGGAGUUGUGUUUUAUUAGCAAUCAAAACAUAAAUUUGGGUACAAGAUUUAAGUGCCUAAAUGGAUAAACUGCAUUGAAGGAUUAUUGCAUAUUUGGGACGUUCUUACACCUGGUAAGUUCUGCUUGUUAAUAUUAAGUAAAAUUCCAUCUGAAACAUACAGUUCACAGCUGCAGCCUGAUGUUUAGUUGCAUUUUUACAGAAUUUGGAAUGCAGAGUGACUCAGUGAGAUCAAUUCCAAAUUAGAAUUUACGGUAUCAAUUAUAGAAUCUGUUGUCUUAAACUCCAAAUUUACCAAAAUGUAGAGAUUGAAGAAAACUAAAUUUGCACACAAAGGAUUUCUGAACAUACUUAAGCAGUGCCUACACCUACAAUGAUAUUGUGUUGUAUAUUAGAUUUUUGAAAAGUAUUUUUAUCAACAAUACAAAUAUUCAGAUGUAGAGCAAAAGCAUAGUAAAGCAUAGCCUUAAAGUAGUAAAUCUAGAAUAACCAUAAGAUAAAAUCCACUUUCCUGAUAAAGCACACCUCCUGCUUAUGAUAAACUGUCUGCUUACAGUUGCUCAGUGUGCAUUAAUAACUAAUCAUUCUGCAGCAGAGAAUGGGAUCUUUCAGCGAAACGAUUUGCAUCAAAGCAGUACAAUUCUUUUCAAAGCAGAAAAACAAAUACCUAAGAAAUUGGAAGAAGCAAAAGACAACUGUGGAAUCCCUUCUGGUGGGAGCUGGGGGUGCCAGGGGCAGGGGAGGACCCUGGGCCAGCAGAGGCUCCAGGGCUGCUGUGGGAAGGGAGAGCAAACCCUGUGCUGGCAUCUCACCUGACUGGGUGUAAAACACAGGAGAAAUUGUGACACUUUCACUUUCUUUACAUUAACCUAUGGUUUUCUCAGGGUACAGCAUUGCAUUAGGUGCUGAACAUGACAUCUUUGGGAUUCACAUCCAAGUCAUGAGGUGCUAGGACCAGACUGCCAAAACAUUGUUUGAAAUAGUCAAUUAAUCAUUGAUUAACGAUCUAGGUUUUGUAUCCCCUCCUUAGCCACAAUUAUGCAGACCUGUGGUUGUUUAGUUCUAUGAAUCCCAUUCAGGUUUCACUUGUGGGUUUCUCUGUUGGACUGUAGCUUUUCAUAUUCAGCAAAAUGUGUUUUAAUCAACACUAAAUAAUUUAACUAGUCAAAAGUACUUGCCUCAAAUGCCUGGACUUUAGAUACUUUAUUAUCUACUAAAGGCAACAUUACCUUUUAAAUGUAAUCUGACAUUUUUUAAUUGCUCCUUUUUCCCCUUUUCCCUCUUAUUUUAUUUCCCAAAUAAUUUCCUUUUCAGUGUUUUGAACUCCCCUGGUACUAAAGCUAAUCAGUAGUGAUCAGAGUGACUGCAGGCAGCUCAUGAAUGGAACUGUGACAGGUUCAGCUGUCCUUUGACAUGCCAGGGCAUGGAACUUUAAACUGGAAAUAUUAGAAAUGUGGGUUGGGGUUUUUUUUAACCUUUUUUUCCAGGUUUCAGAACAUUUUGGGAGGGAGGGAAGGAAGAAUAGAAAGACACAUUUUGCUAAUCAAACAUUGUAAAGACUAUUUGAUUUUUAUUUAAGAAUUUACAGGCAUUUACAAUGUUGCUGUGUUGCCAAAUAGUUUGCUGGGUACAAGUUUGGUUGCUCAUGUGCAAGUGUUUGAAUAAUGUUCUGUUCAUGAUGAAGGGGAAAUUUUUUAUAUAAAGUACUUGUUUUAUAAAUAAAAGAAAAUGAAGGAUGUAAUUAAAUGUGUGGUUUGGAAAAAAAAAUCCUAAUAUAUUACAAAUGGAUCUGGUAAUGAUAUAUAGUUGUCUUAUUUGAAAUAGUAAAUGAAAAUUCUAGCUAAUUUAAUGAUUGUAAAACAGUAAAUAUGUUCUUGUAGUUUUGUAUAAUUAAUUAGUUGGGAUCUUUGCUGACCAGUUUUAAUUGUGCAGAAGAUGGUAUACUAAUCCAUAACAGCUGAGAUCAUUUAUAUUCUUGCACAUCUAUUAAAGACUUUAAUGAAAAAGUUAA